UUUUUUUAUCGUCCUCUCCUGAUUAGAAUAUUUUAUAUAUCUCGCUUAGAUUCUUUCGAUUUUCUUUUUUCUUUUUUUUUCUUUUUGUUAUUCUCCUUUUUCCGCGCUGCUUGCAAACAUUUUGCACCCCCCUUAUUCCUUCCUUUUUGCAUUCGGACUGAUUCAUGUUACUGUUCAACUAAGAUUCAGCUCCGUAUUUUUCUCCCUUCUUCAACCUCUCUUUCCGAGCCUUAUUCCUUCGUUUCAAUUCCUACGUUUGAGAGCGCUUUGAUACAUCGAGGUCAAUGAUCCGCUCAUAUGCCUGGUUCUGGUGGGCUUUGCUGGCCCAGUGGAGCGGAGCUUCAUUCGUUUCCCAACCAACCAUCGACCUUGAACAACUUCAGGAAAUUGGCAUCGCUGGAUCGUACAGCGGCAUUUCAUUGUAUACCGACAACUAUCAACUGACCCAAAUACCACCCAAUACCGCAUCCCUAAUCUCGCAUUCCAAUCACACAUUCAACUUGCUGGCAUCGUCGUCGCUCCAUGGCUCCAUUUACACCACUUGCGCUUUACCUACCGCCACCGAAUAUCAAUUGUACGUAGGCGGCAAUUUUACUCAGUUUGGUCACGUUAACCUUUCCAAUAUUGCCUUGAUUCACUUUCAAAACGACGGUUCACACUACGUUUCGUCACUCGCGCAAGGAUUGGAUGGUCCAGUUUACAGUUUAUACUGUGACACAAAAACCGGACGGGUGCUUGCAGGUGGUCAAUUCGUCGCCCCAGUUGCAUCUGCACCUCAAUAUUCAGAGUCCCUGGCUUAUUUUGGUGGAUCGGUUGCCGUGUGGUCCAAUAAUCAAUGGACAGGCGUCCCCUGGAAAGGAUUCAACGGCCCGGUUCACAGUAUCACUCGAGACGUUCAAACCGAUUCCCUUCUUUUUGGUGGAUUGUUCGAUACAACCGCCGACGGUCAAACCAACCAUGCACCGGCCACGCAACCCGUUCGUGUAUCAUCGCCCACGAAAAUCUCAGCAGGAAAUACGGACUCUGAUCUGGCGCCUCCCAAUGCCCUGUUUUGCACCGUCAACAGCACUAAUCCCACCGAUCAACCUUGGGUUUUGGAACAAGGGGCGGGAGGUUAUUGGCAAGCGGAUUUUGAUUAUCAGAUCACGCUUUCGCUGAUCCGAUUAUCCAAUGCACGUACCGAAAAUUAUGCAACCAAAGAGUUUAGUGUCUUAAUUUUACCUUCCAAUACCUACCUUAACUUGUCGUACAUCGAUCCAACUACCAAGCAAACCAUGUUUUGCAGCACCAAUUGUAUGUUGACGAACGAUCCAUCCGUCGAAUAUCAGGAUUUCCAAGUACGCGACGCUUCCGCUCAGGCUACCAGUGCGCGUAUUGUGAUUUCUUCAUGGUAUGGUCUAGGCGCGGGAUUAUCCAAAGUUGAAAUCUUCCAAGCCGAAAUCUUUGUACACGCCAUCGACUCGGGUAAUGCUACCGACUGUGCUAUGGCAACCAAUCUGCCGCAGUCCAAAUCCGUCACUUCAGGUUCUUGGAAAACCAUUGUCGAUGCGGAAACCAGAGAAACCGCCCUGUCAUCAUCGUUUCCCGUCUCCCAGCUUCACUCGUCGAAAACUUCGAUUGACUUCAUCCCUUUCCUUCCCGAAUCCGGAUUCUACGAUGUUUACAUGUACACACCCGGCUGUGUCGGUACUUCCAGCUGCGGCCAACGUACAGACGUCGAUCUCACCAUGUAUUUUUCGGCGAAUCAUACCGUGAAUAGAACGCUUAGCCAGGACACAAAACAGAAUCGCCACGAUGUUAUUUAUUCAGGUUACAUUACUUCCACCUCAGGCACGUUUCAACCUCACAUUACCAUGGCGAUUGCCCAUAAUGCCACAAAACCGUCGAAUACGACCGUGACCGUGGUCGCCAACUCGAUUCAGUUUGUGAAAUCGGCAUCGUUAUCCGCGUUGUCUAGUAUCCUCAAUUAUACGGAAACCCGGUCGAUCACUCCUUUGAACCGCAGUCAUCUGCCAUGGAAAUCUUUGACAGAGAAUGUGCCGUAUGGAUCGAUCGUAAAGAGCAUGGUCUCGACAAAAACCGAUUUGUUCAUUGCUGGCAAUUUUUCGUCUGGCAAUGGAGGGGCAGGAAGCUAUCGUAACAUUGUAAAGUUGGAUACAACGAGCCAGAAACUGAUCCCACUCGAGGAUAUCGGACUCAAUGGACCCGUGAAAACAAUGGUGUACGCUGGGUUAGAUCUCUUUGUGGGUGGCGAAUUCACCGGUGUCGCGGGCAAUAGCACAACAACAUUGAGCCGCUUAGCACGUUACAAUACCGACAAACAGAAAUGGAAUGCCAUGCAAACUGGAGUGAAUGGACCAGUGGAGUCGCUUCAUCCAACUUUGGAUAAGCAAGCCAUUCUUGUCUCUGGCGAAUUUUCAGCGCUUCUAGACGCCUCAGGUCAUCCACGCAAUCAAACAGCUGGAAACCUGUGGUGGGACAUUCGAACGCAGGCGUGGCGCCACGAUAUUCCUUACAUUGCGGGAACCGUCUAUGGUAUCCUUUCGCGAUCGCCCAGUGACCGAAACCCAUUGGCUACGGAUUAUUACGUCGGCAACAUCCGAAGCGCCCAGCAAAUUCCAGCGUCUGGAUUUUCGUUUAUUCGCAACAACAUGUCGCUGACUUCAUUCCCCUUCUAUCCUGAUGGUGGUCGUGAUAAUAAAGUCAAUGCCGGUGUAUUUUGGAACGAUGCUCGCCACGGUAACAUGUCGACCACGAUUAUCGGUGGCGAUUUUACGCUCAACAAUGGAAACAUUCGCAACGUCGCAUUAUACGGCAACGGCGGCUGGACCGGAAUUCAAGCCAACUGGCAAGGCAAUAUCCACGCGAUGACGGUUCAUCAUGAUUAUCUCUAUAUUGGUGGCGAAUUUGUCAGCGAAAACAUGACCAGUUUGGCAGUGUACGACUUGGUGAAUAAGACAUUUGUGGCUGUGCCAGCCUUACACACUUCAGAUGGAUCUCUUGCCAAAGUGAACACGAUUCGAUUCAAUCCUUCCGCUCACGCCGUGGUGGUGGCUGGUAACUUUACCACUGCCGGAUCGUUGAACUGCAAAGGCAUCUGUAUGCUGGGCACCAGUGAUCGGCAAUGGAAUAAUCUCGGUGAAGGACUUGCUGGGGAAGUCACGGAUUUCGUCUUUCAUGAGGGGAAAUUGAUUGCAGCUGGAAAUUUGCUUCUUAAAGAUGCGGCUGUCCCUGCGGCUGUUUACGAUUAUCACGCCAAUGCAUGGAGCUCAUUAUCCACAGCGCAGGGCAGCAGUUUACCUGGACCAUCGCAUGCCUUGGCUCACGACAGUCAUACAAAAAAGACGUUUAUUGUCGGUCAAUCGGGAGAUUCUACGUAUCUGGUGGUAUGGGACGGACAGCAAUUGGAGCAAACGUCCCAAUUGCUUGGUCCUGGCAGUCGUGUACGACAGAUCACUGUACUUCCGCUUCGACAGGGCGAUAACAGUUCGGGUUUAAUGGGUGACACCAACAGUGUCUUACUAUUGACAGGGUUCCUGAACCUGCAAGAGUACGGCAACGUGAGUGCCGCUUUAUUCAAUGGCUCCGCGUACCUCCCCUAUCUGGUCGCAUCCACAGCCGACGGUGAUAUUGAUGCAUUAAGUCACAUUUUCUUCAAAUCCUAUUUUUGGGAUCAUCCAACGGAACGAUUUUUGUCUACCCCGAUUGUGGUUGUGAUUUCCAUUGCGGCAGCUCUGGGUAUUGUAUUUGCCAUCGUAUGCUCCGCUUUCGGUUUCGUUGUCGUCAAGCGACGAUAUCAAAAUCAGAACGAUCCCACCAAUAAUCCAGCUGCAUAUUACGGCAAACCUCCUUGUCGCCCUCAAUCGCUUUUGGCCAUGUUGACUGCCGCUGAUGCAGGCGUGGCGCUCACGAAAAACGACGAUUAUCCCUAUUCCUACAAACAGUACCCUAUCGACGAAACCAUUGUACCCUCGCAUGCCUCUUCGACCGAAUUCAUAAAGGAUGAAAAGCUGGGAUUCGAACACGUCACGCCUCCACCACCAGUGGCGUUGACCAACGUUGGAGCGGGUGGACUCCUUGCUGCGGGAGCGAUAUCAGCUGCGACCGGCGCUGCACCAGAAGAAUCCAAACCGGCCAAAGCUGAUUCCUUCACACGCCCUGAAAGCGAGCUCGCCUCGGGUUUCAACCAAGACGCUCGAUCGUCGCCUACGGUGCAACGAGAAAUCCGCUACUCCAACAACCCAUUCAGAACAUCGACCAUUGGUCUAGCUGUCAGCAGUGAUUAUCCUACCGGCGAAACGGCGACGGGAAGUUACCUCUACGGAUCGACGCCCAUGAGUAACAUUGGCAAUGUUACUACGGCACCUUCCCUUGCACCUGUUCCAGCUCCCAAUUCAGUGGAUCCUUCUUCUGUACGAUGGACAACCGCACCUGCUGGAGUGGCCAGUUCGGCCGUUGUAGCCCCUGCUUCGAUGCUUUUCUCCAACACGCCGCAAUACAAUACGCAAGGAGCUCCUGUACAUUGGACGACCAUGGCAAGUGAACCAGCCACGGCUGCUGUUGUUUCGCCAGUCUCGUUGCUUCCACCCAGUCUCGGAUCCGACAAUGGUGCGCCUGUACGAUGGACCAACGCUGGGGACGCGGGGGCGGCUAUAGGUACGGCCGUGGUAGCGCCUGUUAUUGUGACGCAUACACAUGAGGAUAGAUCCAGUCAAGAAAACAACAACACCAUGCGCGAUAUGCCAUCAUCGAACCCUACCUUGCUCACUGCUGGAUCGGUGACAGAACCUUCGUCAGUACGUUGGACCAAUUACAAUACGGAUAACGCGGUAGGCACAGCUAUGGUGCGUCCGGUAUUGUCUUCCAUGUAUUCCGAAACGCAAUCAUCAUUGCAGCUGCCUGAUACCCGUUCCUUUGCUCCGAGCAUGAUAUCGAUUUCGGACGAUUUUGCCACCGAUCCUGACAUUGUUCGCUGGACCACCGCCCCUGAUGCCGAAAAGGCCAAGGCCGCACUCGAAAUUAGCCGAGAAAGCGAGCAGCGCGACAGUGUGUACAGUACUUAUGAUCGUUUCGAACUUGUUACCAAUUCACCGAGACAGCUGAGUCCGUCCCAAACGUAUACUUCGACCUUGAACUUUUCGUCCGUCAAUUUACCCAACGAAGUGGAACAUGACUUAGCCAACCGUUUGAGUCAACCGGUCAGUGGUGCAUUGGAAAUGGCAUCUGGAACGACCGCCGAUAUUUCAUCAUCGACGGCAUCUUCAUUUUCCGACAAAUACGACCACUCUGGACCCACCGUUGCCAAGGCUGCCCAGUCUGCCACUGAGGUCAUGGACGUCGCGGAUCAAGACGAAAAAGAUUCGUUCUCAAAGCAAAUCGAAGCCAUGAAUAAGAGUUCUUUCCGUCUGUCAGAAGCGUCGACCUUACCGCCUCUUAACACCACUUUCCCAACGUCGUUUGAUCUAAACCCAACGAAUGGCCUUACAAGUCCUGAAUCGCCGUCGGUUCGUUGGAAAGUGGCCAAGUUUGGCUCCCCCAUUGAAACACGACAUGCACCUCGUACCCCUGAAGCGUAUGCUGCCACUGUCACCACGUUGUCUGAAACAGUUGAGCCGGAAGCUGCUGCCGUAACCACUGCCACCGAGACGGAUGAUAUCCAUGAAAAGUUGAGCAAUAACAAUACGACUGCAGUCAGCCCAAUGAGCGGCAACGUACUUUCAGCCCUUGAAGGAAGAGCCGCUUCCAAACGUAUGGUUGAAGAUUACUUUUCAUCACGAGAACCGGUGACGGUCAACAAGGAUAACAACAGCAAGGAUAGUAAGAAGGAACGGUAUCGAAGCGAUUUCCGCAGUGUGAUGGACAUUGCUCUGCGAAACAAUGCCGAUGAUUUGCCAUCGACUGAAGAUCAUCCUCAUUUGUACUAUGCCAAAUUCGAUUUCAGUGCGCGUGAACACGGUGAGCUGGGAUUUGACAAGGGAGAUCCUAUUAUUGUAGUCGAUUCCAGCGAUGAUAUCUGGUGGAUGGGUUACAAGGACAAUGGUUCCGGUGAUCCACUCCAAGGUGUCUUUCCAAGUAACUAUGUGGAAAGAGCAGCCGUAGCUCAAUAACAUAUUUCGAAUACCAAACACCUAUAAUUUAUUACUACAAAAAAAUGGCCCACACCCCGUCGCCAUGAUAUAAAUAACCCAUACGAAGCUUAGAAUAUGGGUUAAAGCUUUAUAAAGUAUUCCAAAUUCAUUUCAUGUUUCAUCCAAUAAUCAAUGCAUCCUCAUAAAACCAGUGCCCGUUUGUG